CGUCGGUUCCCCCAACCGAACGCCAUGCAUGAUUCGACUCGGUUCUCUUUGCCGCGCACGUCGAUUGGCCGAUGUCUCUGAGAAAUCGCCAAUGAGAGGCGUCGCCCGAUGUUAAGGCACAAUUCAUAGCGAUGCAUGCCGGAUCGAGCGCGACGCGCGCUGCGCGCGCAAAGCAUUUCCAAGUUUGUUUGCUGUUGCAAUCUUGCAAUGAUCGCGAGAGCUUGCUUAACCUGUCGUACCUUGCUUGUAUUUGUGUGACUGUUGUCAAGAGUUUCCUUCGAUUUGACCACGACAAAUUUAUAAAAAUCCGGAUUGAGAUGAAUAUUCCACCAAUUCAACAAUCGGGCGCUAUGGGCGUGGGACAGAUGGGACAGCCGGUAAAUCCUCAAAUGUCUCAGAAUCAACAACAGGCGCAGCAAACGCAGCAACAGGUGCAGCAGCAGCAGCAGCAACAGCAACAGCAGCAGCAACAACAGCAGCAACAGCAGACACAGGACAAACUUGACAAUAUCUCCAAAGUGAAGUCUCUGGUUGGUCCUUUGAGAGAGUCGUUAGCCAUAGCUCUCAAAACCGCGGCGCAGACGUUGCAUCAAAAUAGUUUAGUCGACGUAGGGACCAUGAAGGGUAUAGAACAGCCGGAUCAUCGAUUUAAUAAAAACAUGGAAGAAUUCUAUUCCAUUUGCGAUCAGAUAGAGCUGCAUUUGAAGACCUCCGUGGAAUGUUUGUCUCAAAAUUCCAGUUCGGUUCGGUACCUACCGAUGUCGGUUAUAACGUCACGCACCGACACGGUGAGCACGCAGGAAGGACCAGCAUUGUCUUAUCCGCAAUUUCUUAUGACAGUGCGCGCGCAAGUGGCAUAUGCUCGCGAGAUUCAUGACACUCUCAUGUCUCACGCUCGCGCAAUAUCGUCCGGUGAGCAGUCUUAAGUUCCGUAAAUAUUCUAAAGGAACGUUUUAAGUGCUCGAAAUGAAACGUAAUGUAAAAUGCUGCAAGAACGAUUGUUAUUCCGUGAUAUAGUACAAGUAAUAAUAUAAUAAGUUUUUUUAUGACAAUAUUGUUAUAUUUAAUAAAUUAUAAAUUAAUAUGCAAACCGAAAUAUAUAUAUUGUUGUUAUGUAAUUAAUAUUUAUAAGAAAUUGUAAGACAUUCCAUAUACAUAUCUUCAAGCUAAAUAAGUUUGGAGAAUAUACACAUUUGACACUCGAAAUGGAUUGAAAUUAAUGCUGUAGCGAAAGUCUAACUAGCCAUUUAUUUUGAAACAUGUUCUAUCAUAUAAAUAGUAAACAUUCUAUUCUAUCAUCAGUUCUACCAUAUAAAUAGUAAAGGAUUCUGUACACACAAUAAAUAAAGAAUAGUAAAACAGAGAA